AUGGUUGCUGAUUCUCCCAAAAGCUUCAAGCGCAAGGCCUCUGAGGACGCAGCUUCCCCAGACUCCGGGCAGCAGGCGAGCAAGAAGGCACGCACCGAUUCGCCUGAGAAAGAAGAAGAUGGCCCCCUCAAGAAAGCUCCCCUUCGGAUUGUUCCGUUCCCUGAGAAGAUGACUGAUAAUACGAAGCCUGCAGUACUCGAGGAACGCCGCGGUGAUAUCGAGUUUCGAGUGGUCAACAACGAUGGCUCCCAUGAUAGCUUCAUCGUCUUGACUGGCCUGAAGUGUAUCUUCCAAAAGCAACUGCCCAAAAUGCCCAAGGACUAUAUCGCUCGCCUUGUGUAUGACCGGUCUCAUUUAUCCAUAGCGAUUGUCAAGCAUCCUUUGGAAGUCGUCGGAGGAAUAACCUAUCGUCCAUUCAACACUCGCAAAUUUGCUGAAAUUGUGUUCUGUGCUAUUUCCUCAGAUCAACAAGUCAAAGGUUAUGGUGCACACUUGAUGUCUCACCUAAAGGACUAUGUCAAAGCAACAUCUCCUAUCAUGCACUUCCUUACCUACGCCGAUAACUAUGCCAUUGGUUACUUCAAGAAGCAAGGAUUCACAAAAGAGAUCACGCUUGACAGGUCAAUUUGGAUGGGUUAUAUCAAAGAUUAUGAGGGUGGUACACUCAUGCAGUGCACCAUGCUCCCAAAAAUUCGCUAUUUGGAAAUGGGACGCAUGCUGACCAAACAGAAGGAGUCCGUGCAAGCCAAGAUUCGUGCCUUCAGCCGCUCACAUAUCGUCCAUCCGCCCCCUAAAGAAUGGAAGACCAAGGUGUACGCCAUCGACCCACUCAGCAUCCCUGCCAUCAAAGAGUCUGGAUGGUCACCGGACAUGGAUGAACUGGCACGUCAGCCUCGCCACGGGCCAAACUACAACCAGCUACUGCACUUGUUGAAUGACAUGCAAAACAACAGUGCAGCUUGGCCAUUUACUCAGCCGGUGAAUCGUGACGAGGUUCCUGACUACUAUGAAGUGAUCAUGGAGCCUAUGGACCUCUCGACCAUGGAAGAGAAACACGAGAAGGACUUGUACCCGACUCCACAAGAUUUCGUUAAGGAUGCCAUGUUAAUUUUCGACAAUUGUCGAAGAUACAAUAAUGAGACCACGCCCUACGCCAAAAGUGCAAACAAACUUGAGAAGUUCAUGUGGCAGCAAAUCCGGAAUAUUCCGGAGUGGUCGCACCUUGCCGAUAAUCAUUGA